CUGACAACUCGUCAUACUGCUCACGUAAAAUGGGAUGGACUGAGGCAUCCCUUAAAUGGCUUUCUUUCGUUUCGCUUUUCCAGACUCUGUCUGGGUGUUUGCAAACUAAACCAAAAUGAAUCAACAAAUCUCAGAAUUUAGGAUUGUCCUAGUUGGCAAAACAGGAGUGGGUAAAAGUGCCACCGGUAACACCAUCCUUGGAAGAAAUCAUUUUCACAAAGAAGCGAGCUCUAAAUCUGUGACUAAGCAGUGCAGUCUGGCCACCACUAUUAUUGAUGGCAAAGCAAUCAAAGUUGUGGACACUCCAGGCUGGUGUGACACACAGCUCUCUGAGGCUGAGCUCACAAAAGAGACGGUGAAAUGCAUUGACAUGUCAUACCCUGGACCGCAUGUCUUUCUUUUUGUUCUGGCAAUCGGCCGCUUCACAGCUGAAGAGAAGAAAACUGUCCAGAAGAUACAGGAGAUCUUUGGGGAAGGAGCUACAAGAUACACAAUGAUUUUGUUCACAAGAGGAGAUGACCUGGAGGAAACAAGCAUUGACAGCUAUCUGAAAGAAGCUAUAAAAGAUCUACAAGACUUGGUUUCCAAGUGCAAUGGCAGAUACCACGUUUUCAAUAACAGAGAUAAAAGCUAUAACCAAGUCACUGUGCUCCUGCAAAAGGUCCAAGACAUGGUAAAAGAAAAUGGUGGUGAAUGCUACACAAACACAACAUACCAGCUGCUGGACACAUACAAGAAAAGAGAGGUUGAGUUACAAAAAGAAGCUGAAGCCACUAGAAAGGAGAUGCAAACCAGAGAAGCUGAGCUCCAAAGACGAAUAAAUCUCAUGGAACAGGAACAGCAGCGUCAAAAGUUGAGAGAAGCACGGCUGGUGCAACAACUGAGAAAAAAUGAAAUUGAAAGUGUUAUAGGAGGUGCUGUUAUGGUUUCUUUGCUGGAGCAAAUGCAAAUUGAAGAAAAUGAAAGGAGACAACAAGACAAACAAGAGAAAGAAACAGCAUUAAGUGCCCUGGCUACAGAACAUCGACUGAAAAUGAGUGCUGAGAGACAACAGCAGAGAGCAGAUAAGUUUCGGUAUCAGCGUCGCAUACAAGAAGAGGAGUUGAGAAGACGAAAUGAAGAGCGUGAAAAUAUACGAAGAAUGGAGAGUGAGAAACAGAGGUUCUCACAGGAGAAGCAAGAUAUUUUAAGAAAGUACAAAGCAAGAAUACAUAUGCUGGAAGAACAGAACCGGAAAGCAGAAGCUGACAAAGAAGAAAUGUUAAAGAAUUCUUUCAAAAAGACCAGUUGCAUUAUUUCAUAAAUAGCUACUUAGACUAAAUUUAGUUUUCUGGUGUAACGCUCUUUGAUGUGAAGAUAAGUGUAAAUAUAACAGGUUUUCUAAAUGUAAUAAAUUAUUGAACAUCUGGUUUAAUUGUUUAAUUUUAUUGUAAAUGUAUAAUUAAACAGUUCAGACAUC